AUGUCCUUUACUAAUCACCUAGCAUUUAAUAUUUCGAAAGCGACGCCAACCACGUCAACUACAAAUACUCAUACAACAUCAACCCCUCCAGCUUCGAAUGAGGGAACCAAUUCGGGCGGAACAAACAACACCAAUUCCAAGUCUCCCUUCUUGCAGAACAUAUUAUCAAAAUCAACACCUUCAGCAGGUAAUAUAUCUCCACAGCUUGGCUCAGGGAGCACGGUCACGCCUACAUUUGUAAAUAUAGGUGAUGAGGGAGCGCAUGGUAGCUCAACUAAAGAUAGCCAAGCAGGUAAUAAUAAAACCGACUUGAUUGAUUUACUUGGUAAAUACGAUAUUAGUAAUAAAAGGGAAAGUGAAGAAGAUGAUUCUCAAGAUGAUGAAGAAGCAAAAGUUGAUAUUAACCAUGAGGAAGAAACAAAAGUUGAUCACCAUAAUGAAAAGACGCAUGAAGAGGCUGAUAAUGAACUAACUGAGGCGUCAGUUAAGAAAGUGGUAGAAAAAGAAGAAUCUUCAACACCAAUUGAAUCGAAAGAUCCACAGGACGAUGGAUCCACGUCAGAAAUGAUUGAGAAGCAGCCAGUUAAUAAGCCAGCGCAUGAAGGUGCAAUUCAAAAUAUACACGAUAAGAAUAACACGAGUACUGAAACUAAUGCCAAUACUGAUGUUGAAACUAAGACCUAUCGGAAGAUUGAUAAUAAUACUGAAAUGAAAGCUGACACUAAUGCUGAAACUAAUGCUGAAACUAAUGCUGAAACUAAUGUUGAAAUGAAAGCUGACACUAAUGCUGAAACUAAUGCUGAAACGAAUGCUGAAACUAAUGCUAAGACUAAUGCUGAAAUUAAUAGUAAGUCUAUUAUUAACUCUGAUCUUGGUUUAGAGACUGACGAAAGUACAAAAAAUAAAGUUGACACUAGUAUUGACACUAAUAUUGAACCUAAAUCUAAAACUAAUAUUGAAACUAAUGAUCGUACUAAUGUCAGCGCCGAUACUAAUGUUAAUACUAGCUUAGAACCCUAUGAAAAAGACAGCGAAGUACAUAAUGAUCGUGACUUGACAGAUAUAACUGGGAACCCCAACGAUGAGGAAUCAGUUGCUGAAGAAUAUAGUUUAAAUGAAAAUGUAUCUACUCCUAUAGACUCUGAACAAGAGGACAAUCUUGAAACGGAAGAAGCAUAUAAAGACGUUUUAGACACUCAACAUCGAUCAGGUAAAUCAAAGAAGAAUCAGCCUUUAAUUAGUUCUGCAGAGCAAUAUCAACAGUCACAUAAACCAUUUGACUUCCAACAGUUUUUGAAUCAUCUAAAGAAAAAAAGCGCAGACCCUAUUGUGCGUUAUAUUCGUUCAUUUUUAGUCUCAUUUAGCAGACAAGGUCAUACAUUUACAUCCGACCAAAAAAUUAAGAUUAUUAGAGAUUUUAAAGAGUUCAUGAAUGAGAAGUUUUCUUUGUAUGAACCGUUUGCGUCAAUGGAUGACAUAGAUUUGGAGAACUCCAGAGAGGGUCUAGAGAAAUUGAUAAUGAAUAGGUUAUAUGAACAUUGCUUCCCUCCUGAAGUAGCGGCUCAGUCGCCAAAUUUCAUAUCAGAAUCAAUUCAAGAAGAUCUUCAGAAUGAUGAAAGGUUCCUUAAGCAGCUCGAAAAGUUCAAUUGGAUUAAUGGAACUCAUCUUGACAUCGACCUAGACUAUUUAACAAAACUCAAAUCAAAGACGAACAAAGAUAACUUGAAUUUCAUUGAUUUUGCAAUUACAGAAUUAAACAAAAUUAAUAAUUAUAGAGCACCUAGAGACAAGAUUAUCUGUAUCUUGAAUUCAUGUAAAAUAAUAUUCAGUUUCUUAAGAGUGAGCAAACGUGAAACCAAUGCAGAUUCAUUUAUCCCAUUAUUGAUUUUAGUUAUUAUCAAAGCGAAGACUGAUAGUUUGAUAAGUAACAUGCAUUACAUAGAACAUUUUAGGAAUGAGGAGUGGUUAUCACAUGGUGAGACUAGCUAUUAUUUAUCUUCUUUACAAGGAGCAAUUGGCUUUAUACAAAAUUUGUCUUCUGAUGAUCUAACUAUUGAUCAAGCUGAGUACAAUGCUCAUAUGGAAGCUUGGGAAGCUGAAGAAAAGCAGAGAAAUUCUAUGAAGCCUAUAGUGAUGCCAGUGCCCAAAAGAAAAGAGUCUGGCCUUGAAGAAUUUCAGAACCUUACUCCCUCUAAAGCAGGCUUAUCACCUUCGAAUGUCUUGAUGACAAGUGCAGAGAUGUUUACAAAAUCACUUUCGAAUUUCUUAUCUCCAUCGCCACAAGAAUCCCCUCGUCCAGAUGAUACACGCACUGCUAAUGGGGAUCAGUGGAGUUCUGAACAGCAACCUCAAGCUCAACGUCAGCCUCAAGAUCAAACACAAUCGCAAGAAAAUUCUGCUGCUAUGAAAGAAACCUACAAAAGUUUGAGGGAAGUAUUUCCAAACCUUGAUAAAGCAGUAUUGAAAGAUGUAGUAUUUAUGAAUCAAGGUAAGCUUGAAGAGUCACUCGACGCUUGUCUACAAUUAGUCAACGACGUUUAA